UACCAAUGUUAUUGUCACUUUUAUCUUAGUAGCCUCAAUAAGUUUCCAACCUAUUUUUCUUCAUCAACAACAAACUUGAGAGAUCUAGACUCUAGAGAGAGAAAUAUGGGAAGAGGUAAGAUUGAGAUCAAGAGGAUUGAGAACUCAAGCAAUAGACAAGUUACUUAUUCAAAGAGAAAAAAUGGUAUUCUAAAGAAAGCAAAGGAAAUCACUGUUCUAUGUGAUGCUAAAGUUUCUCUUAUCAUCUUUGCUGCUUCUGGAAAGAUGCAUGAUUACAUAAGCCCUUCUACCACGUUGAUUGACAUACUGGAGAGAUACCAUAAAACAUCUGGGAAAAGGCUUUGGGAUGCCAAGCAUGAGAACCUAAGCAACGAAAUUGAGAGACUCAAGAAAGAGAAUGAUGGCAUGCAAGUUGAGCUAAGGCACUUGAAGGGAGAGGAUAUAAACUCACUCCACUACAAGGAGUUGAUGAGCUUAGAGGAUGCCUUAGAAAAUGGUCUCCUUACUAUCCGGGAGAAACAGAUGGAAGUAUACAGGAUGAUUAGGAGAAACGACAAGAUCUUGGAGGAGGAGAAUAGGGAACUUAAUUUUAUCCUGCAGCAACGUAUGGCAGUGGAAGGUGCAAGAGAAGUGGAAAAUGGAUUUAAUCAAAGUGGAAGGGAUUUCAAUUCUCAAAUGCCAUUUUCCUAUCGUGUUCAACCUAUGCAGCCAAAUCUUCACGAAAGGAUCUAGAUAAAUAUUUGUUGUUGAAUGAAUGUGAUUUAUAUUCCACACCCAAAUUCAAGAUAUUUCCUUAAUUUGCAUUUUUACAAUCGUGUGUAAAAACUUAUAUUAAGUAUAUACUAUGUUGAUUUGUUUGUGAUGAUUAUUGUAAUAAAUUAAGAAGCUGAAACUGCAAGCUUUGUGAGGUUAUGAAAUAUAUGUGACAUGACCUAUAGUGUGGCUGGAUUGGACUGGAA